AGUGCGUAGUCCCAAAUGCCUAAACCAGUGCCUCAGUAACGCAGUACCCUUCCUUACAGGACUGCAGCGGCGCUAUGCAUGUGCCAACUUUGGAGAACAGGGAGUGACCGUUGGCUGCUGGGACACCUACCGGCAUGACAUUGACUGCCAGUGGGUCGAUAUCACAGACGUGGGGCCCGGGGACUACAUUUUUCAGGUGGUCGUGAACCCCAAAUACGAGGUGGCAGAGUCUGAUUUCUCCAACAACAUGAUGCAAUGCCGCUGCAAAUAUAAUGGGCACCAGGUCUGGCUGCACAACUGCCACACAG